GUCCUCAAUUUUUACGUAAAUAAAUGAAUAUAAACAAAAAAGUUUAGUAACGUAGAAAACGAAUUAAAAUUUAAGCGAACGUUUUAAAAUAUUCUUGAGUUUUCGAGAGUUCUCUACAAGUCAUUUUAUACUCGACACGAAAAAUUAAAAAUGGAAGAGUCCGACGUUCACAUCGAUGUAAGCGGUAAUAUGGAACCACCGAAACAGGAACCGAAAACUGGCUUCAGUGGCUUUAAUAUGUCAACGUUCACCAGUUUUGCCCGCGUUCCGAACUUGUGGGAUCUUUUGCGUCUCACCAGACAAAACGUCCGACCCUGGUCGGAAUUUUUGCAGACCUCAAACUUCAAAUCUGUUGCGAAUGUUCCACGACUGACCAACCGAAUCAUUCGUAACUUGGGUUAUUUCCAGAGUAACUACCUGUUUGUGUCGCUCGGCCUGAUCGUCUAUUGCUUGUUAACAUCACCGCUGAUUCUCAUAGUUCUGGGUGCAGUUUUCUACGCCUGCUACAAGAUCAAACAAGCAAAUGCUCCGGUGGCUUUCUUCUCUCGGCAGCUCAACACCAAUCAACAGUGCAUUGCGGUCAACAUAGCUUCUGUCCCAUUGCUGUAUCUGGCGGGAGCUGGUGCCGUAAUGUUUUGGGUUAUAGGAGCAUCGUUCUUUGUGAUAUCUCUACAUGCGGCAUUCUAUAAUAUUGACGCAAUCGUUACCGAGGACACCGAAUCGUUUUUAACCGAAACUGUUUAAGUUUCAACAGUAAGGGACGAUGGUAGUUUAUGAAACUACGUAUAUACUCUCAUUCUGUAGUUAGUACAUUACACAUCCAGCCUUUCAAUAGCAUUACUGAAUACGUAAUCAAAAUAUGUAAGGUUUCUUUAAGCGUAGCGCUUGGCGCAUCAUUUCUGUUAGAACCAUUAGGUGAAUGAACCAAAAUUAAUUUUCUAAAUCGUAAUUAGUUGUACUUUUGCGUGCACAGUAUCAUCAUUUUUUGUAUGCACUAAUGCGCACUGUGACCACUAAUUUAAAAAAAAUCACCUUACUCAGAAAUGUUUAUCGAAAUUUAUGUAUUGAAUAAAUUACUAUUUUUAACAUCA